AUGUGCUGUCUGGAGUCAGAGGAUAUCAGACGGAGAAUCACCACGGACUGGAAAUCAGCCCAGGUCCAUGUGUUACCCAUGAUGCAACUGUCCUUCCAGAGACUCCAGGAUCAUCUGUGUCGCUUCUCUGCGCAGUACGACCGUCUGGUGGCGUUCAAACCCACAGGAUGGACGUUCACUCAAACGGAGACGGUGGAAGACAUCGUACCUCAGGUCAACGGCAACGUCACUGUUUACGGGAUCCCGUACAGUGAACACAGCAGUUUCCUGGAGCUGAAGCGUUUCGUGCAGUGGCUGAAGCCGCUGAAGAUCAUUCCCACCGUGAACAUCGGGCGCCAGGAGACACGGGCGGCCAUGGAACGCUGCUUCCGUGACUGGAUGAAGGAGACGACGGAGGACACGCUCUAA